AUGGCCAAGGCGUAUGAUAGGAUGGAAUGGCAGUUCCUGAGACGGAUGUUGGAGAAGGGUUAUCUGUGUUAUUGCAAAGAGCGCAAAUGUCUGGCUCAAUACAUGGCUGUAGGGUUGCUAGGGGAGCCCCGCAGAUAUCACAUCUAUUUUUUUGCAGAUGAUAGCCUAUUAUUUUUUAGAGCAGAUGGGGAGGAGGCGGGAGUAAUUAAACAGUGUCUGGGACGAUAUGAGGAGCUCUCAGGACAAAAGGUAAAUUAUCACAAGUCCAGUGUCUGUUUUAGCAAAAAUACCGGUGUGGAUGAUAGGGAAGAGGUGGCGAUUUGCUUGCAGGUAGACCAGGCACCCAAUUUUGGGAAAUAUCUGGGACUACCAUCUUUUGUGGGGAGGAACAAGAGGGCAGUGUUCUCAUAUAUUGAGGAUAAGAUAAAACAGAGAAUAAGCUCAUGGAACAAGAAAUUUCUGACGCAGGCAGGAAAGGAGAUUUUAUUGAAAAGCGUGGCACAAUCUAUGCCUACCUUUUCAAUGAGUGUCUUUUUGAUCCCGGGCUCAGUAUGUUUAUCAAUCCAGAGAACAAUGAACAAGUAUUGGUGGGGCACUGGUAUGGAUAGAGGAAUACACUGGAAAGCCUGGGAUAAGUUAAGCAUCCCAAAGAAAUAUGGAGGAAUGGGAUUCAAAGAUCUCAGGAAUUUUAAUUUAGCAAUGUUGGGAAAACAGGCAUGGCGCCUACUCACAAGUCCAGACACACUUGUUGCAAAAGUCUAUAAGGCAAGGUACUAUCCUAAUACCACUUUUAUUGAUGCCAAAGUAGGAGGAUGCCCGAGCCACUCAUGGAGAAGUAUUAUGGCAGCUCAUGACAUGGUGGUGGCACGGGUGCGCAGGAGGAUAGGGGAUGGUAAAACAACACUGAUUUGGGGACACCCAUGGUUGCCUGAUAAUCCUAGCCCGUUGGUGCAGACUGAUAUGCCUGUAGAGCUCAGGCACGCUAAAGUGGUAGGUUUAAUAGAUGAGCAAACUGCUACCUGGGACCCGCAUAUUUUAGCAGAUUUAUUUGAGGAGGAAGAUGUGAGUAGAAUAUUGAGGAUACCUGUUAGUCCAGGAUAUGAGGACUCAUGGUAUUGGCCUGAUGACCCCAAUGGGAUAUACACAGUUAAAAAUGCCUACAGACACAUUAUGGGAAUUUAUGAUCACUUGCCUGGGAGUUUUGAGAAAUGGACUAAAAUGUGGGGAAUGAAAAUACCCCCAAAAUGGAAGACUUUUUUGUGGAGAGCAGUUUGUGAUAUUCUUCCAACAACUAACAACUUGAUUAUAAAGAGGGUGGAGGUGGAUCCCACAUGCCAAAUGUGUGGGAUAGAGCAUGAGAAUGUUAUGCAUACAUUCAUCAAUUGUGAUUAUUCUAGACAUGUUUGGAAUAUUUCAGGAUUGCCAAUAACAAAUAUUGUUGUCAACUCAUUCCCCGAGUGGCUAACAAUUGUGCUUACAAUGUUCACAGAGGACCAAAGUGCAGCGGUGGUGGCUUUGCUUUAUUGCUUAUGGAGAUGCAGGAAUUCAGCGGUAUGGGACGGCACACUGCCGCGACCUACCACGGCUUGGAGACAGGCCACGGCGGCGCUGCACUCCUACCGGCAGGUGGUGUGCCGUGGCACGGCGGCCCCCACGGUGGCUACGGCGGAUGGCGACACCGACACCACCCCACGGUGCUAUGUGGAUGCGGGGUAUCGGGAGGACACGGGGGAAGCUACGUAUGGUAUUGUGCUGCUGUCUCCGGAGAGAUCUUUUAUUGCGGCAAAAAAUGGGAGACUAUCGAAUUGUUUGUCACCAUUCAUGGCGGAGGCACUGGCAUGCAAGGAAGCUCUAUCCUGGCUUUUGGAGAAGAAUAUAACAACGAGCACUGUUGAGAUGGCCAGUUCAAGUACAAAAUUCGAGGUAUCAAAGUUUGAUGGUAUAGGGAACUUUGGGUUAUGCCGGUCUAGGGUAAAUGAUUUGUUGGCAUAUCAGGGCCUUCUGAAAACCUUGAGGGCGGAAAAUCCAGCAAAUCUGGAAGAGGCUGAUUGGAAGGAGUUGAAGAAGCAGGAAGCUACGGACGUGCUACAUAUGCUAGAUGAGAAAGUGGUGAGGGGCGCUGUAGUGUUGGACAGCGCGGAUAUCAGGCGGGGUCGCGGACCUGGUAUGGGCCAGUAUGGCACUGGCACGGGUCGGGCUUGGCAUGAGUCACGACUGAUAUGGGUUGGGCUUGUCAUGAGACAUGGACCUGUAUGGGCCGGGCUUGGCAUGAGUCACGACUGGUAUGGGCGGACGCUUCAGGAUGAAGCGGUUCAUGAACAUGCACUGGGAACGUUUGAUGCUGCGUUGUGCAUGUUGCUAACUAAUGGCAAUAGCUGGUUAGUGGAGCACUGGGCAAGGCACACGGGUUCAGUGUGA